UUUGAAUAAAAGUCGGGUCAGGACCCGAUAUGUUUUUUUUUGAAGAGGAAGAAGAUUUGGAUAAACCCUGACAGUGGUGUCAAAAACCCAUCAAUGGCUUCACUUCUUAUUUUCCCCCACCUUCACCAUUUUGAUUCUUCACUGGACCGUAGAGAGGUACUAGUAGUUCGCCAUUCACAAGCAUCAAGGCGAUUUCUCACUCCGAAAGCUUCAAUUAAUGGCAGCGGAAUCACAAACGGAGCUGCAGCGGAAACCACCUCUAAACCUAGUCGCAAAGGGAGGAAGAAGAAGCAAACAUCGACGGUAAUUGAGAAAGAUAACACCGAGACUGAUCCUGAAUUGAAUCCGGAGUUAGCUGAUUACGACGACGGGAUCGAGUUUCCGUACGACGAUCCGCCUCUUGUGUGUUGCUUCGGAGCUGUACAGAAGGAGUUUGUUCCGGUGGUGCGAGUCCAUGAUAAUCCGAUGCAUCCUGAUAUGUACUCGCAGUGGAAGAUGCUACAGUGGGAUCCACCGGAGUUUGGGAGAGCUCCGGGAGGUCCGCCGUCGAAUGUGGCGAUCUCUCAUGUACGGUUAGGUGGGAGAGCUGCGUUUAUGGGGAAAGUAGGUGAAGAUGAUUUUGGAGAUGAGCUUGUUCUGAUGAUGAAUCAGGAGAGAGUUCAGACGAGAGCUGUGAAAUUCGAUGAGAAUUCGAAAACUGCUUGUACUCGUGUCAAGAUCAAGUUUAAGGACGGGAAAAUGAUGGCGGAGACUGUGAAAGAACCACCUGAGGACUCGCUAUUUGCUUCAGAACUCAAUUUAGCUGUGCUUAAAGAGGCGAGGAUUUUUCAUUUCAAUUCAGAAGUGUUGACGUCUCCUACAAUGCAAUCAACUCUUUUUACGGCAAUACAAUGGUCUAAGAAGUUUGGUGGGCUUAUUUUCUUUGACUUGAAUCUCCCAUUACCGCUGUGGAGAUCGCGCAAUGAGACUAGGAAGUUGAUCAAGAAAGCAUGGAAUGAAGCAAACAUCAUUGAAGUUUCACAGCAAGAGCUUGAGUUUCUACUUGAUGAAGAUUACUACGAGAGGAGAAGAAACUACACACCACAGUACUUCGCUGAGGAUUUUGAUCAGACGAAAAACAGAAGAGACUAUUACCAUUACACACCAGAGGAAAUCAAGUCAUUGUGGCAUGACAAGCUGAAGCUACUGGUUGUGACUGAUGGAACACUUCGGCUUCAUUACUAUACUCCUACUUUUGAUGGUGUUGUGAUUGGAACAGAAGAUGUGCUUAUAACUCCUUUCACCUGUGAUAGGACAGGUUCUGGUGAUGCUGUUGUUGCAGGGAUAAUGAGAAAGCUAACAACUUGUCCUGAGAUGUUUGAGGAUCAGGAUGUGAUGGAGCGACAGCUCAGGUUUGCAGUUGCUGCUGGGAUCAUAGCGCAGUGGACAAUUGGUGCAGUUAGAGGUUUCCCUACUGAAAGCGCGACACAGAAUUUGAAAGAACAAGUUUAUGUUCCAUCAAUGUGGUAGAAUAGAAGAUGAAGAACUGAACUUGUGUACUCAAUGUUUUUGAACAAUGUGUGAGUUGUAUACUGAUUCAGAUUUGUAAUCCAGAGAAAUGUACAAUCAAUUUUUUUAGUUCAAUCUGGAUGGUCCAAGUCUUGAUGCUUCUCAUGAAAGGAGAAUCGAUUCUACAAGCUGUCUUGAUCGGAUACAAUCAUACAAAUGGAAAAUGAAUCGUACUUUUUUA